CGCUCCGGCCUAUCUCCAUCCUCAAUCCAUCUCUCAUCCGUCAAAAGGAGGACCACACAUCGACUUCGGCCUAGAUUAUCGGUUCGAACUCGCUUUUUCACCCCCCUCCCCCCCCGUUACUUCCACCAGCGACCACCUGCCCUGGCCCCGUUUGCCUUGGGAUAAGACGCGCUUCAACCAGCAGAGUUUUCUCGAUUACCUUUCAUCACAACACUAUCGAUCACCAUGUCUCACGAGGAGGAUCUCAUCGACUACUCCGACGAGGAGCUUCAGACCACUGACGCGGCGGCCACCACCGCUGCUCCCGCCUCCAAUGGAGAGGCCAAGAAGGGCGACUUGACGGUUUCUGGCGGCCGCCCCGACAAGAAGGGUAGUUAUGUUGGUAUUCACUCGACCGGAUUCCGCGACUUUCUGCUCAAAGAGGAACUUCUACGUGCCAUCACCGAUUGCGGUUUCGAACAUCCAUCGGAGGUCCAGCAAGUCUGCAUUCCUACCGCCAUUCUCAACGUCGAUGUUCUUUGCCAGGCCAAGUCUGGUCUCGGAAAGACCGCGGUUUUCGUCUUGACCACCCUGCACCAGCUGGAGGCCGUUCCCGGAGAGUGCUCGAUCCUGGUGAUGUGCCACACGCGUGAGUUGGCGUACCAGAUCAAGAACGAGUACGCUCGUUUCAGCAAGUACCUGCCCGACGUGAAGACCGCUGUCUUCUACGGAGGUACCCCCAUCCAGAAGGACGUGGAGCUCCUGUCGAACAAGGAGUCUUACCCCAACAUCGUCGUUGGUACUCCCGGUCGUCUGAACGCCUUGGUUCGCGACAAGAAGCUGUCCCUGCGCAACGUGAAGGCUUUCGUUCUCGAUGAGUGUGACAAGAUGCUUGACCAGAUCGACAUGCGCCGCGACGUGCAGGAGAUUUUCCGUGCUACCCCCGCCGACAAGCAGGUCAUGAUGUUCAGCGCCACACUUUCCCAGGAAGUCCGCCCGAUUUGCAAGAAGUUCAUGAGGAACCCGCUCGAGGUCUACGUUGACGACGACACCAAACUCACUCUGCACGGUCUGCAGCAGUACUACAUCAAGCUCAGCGAGGCGGAGAAGAACCGCAAGCUGAACGAGCUUCUGGACAACCUGGAGUUCAACCAGGUCAUUAUCUUCGUCAAGAGCACCCUGCGUGCCAACGAGCUCGACAAGCUGCUGCGCGAGUGCAACUUCCCCAGUAUCGCGGUGCACUCUGGAGUGAGCCAGGAGGAGCGCAUCAAACGCUACAAGGAGUUCAAGGAGUUCAACAAGCGUAUCUGCGUGGCCACCGACGUGUUCGGACGUGGUAUCGAUAUCGAGCGUAUCAACCUUGCCAUCAACUACGAUCUGCCCGCGGACGCCGACUCUUACCUGCACCGUGUCGGUCGUGCGGGACGUUUCGGUACCAAGGGUCUGUCGAUCUCGUUCGUCAGCACUGAGGACGACGAGAAGGUCCUCAAGGAGAUUGAGAAGAGAUUCGAGGUUGCGCUUCCCGAAUACCCCGAAGGCGGCGUCGACUCCAGCACCUACAUGGCCUAGACGGGGCAUGGAAAGUGCUCGCUAACACGUAUGUAACUGGAGAAUAUGAGUUGAAUUUUAUCACAUGGUCUUUUUCAUUCAGUCUUCGCUUUUUCCUUUGGCGUGAUGGUUCGGUUGCUCUUUGACUCGCUUCUCGCUUUCCGGUGGGGGCACUGGUUGGAUUGUGGGGGGCAAGGGAUGGAUCGGGGACAUCUGGGACUGGGAGCAAAAAGCGUACCUCUCUAUCUCUCUCUUUCUCUCUCUCUCCUCAAUGAUCAGUUAGUUAUCACUCACUAGAUGUCUGGGAUGUCUCUCGGGCCAGUGCCUCUUAUGAACACCUGUAUU